AAUUUUCCCACCAACUCUCUGGAGAUGAAACGCAGUGGCACACAUCUUCGACGUGAACAGUGACGGCUUCAUUGACUACUAUGAGUUUGUGAGUGCACUUCACCCGAGCAGAGAUCCCUACAGGAGAACACUGGAUGCAGAUCAAAUCAAUGAAGAGGUGAGUCGACAGGUCUCACAGUGUAACUGUCCAAAGAGAUUCACAGUGGAGCAAAUAAGUGCCAAUAGAUACAGGUUUGGAGAAUCACAACAGUUGCGGAUGGUUCGUAUUCUGCGUAGCACACUGAUGGUCAGGGUGGGUGGAGGCUGGACGGCUCUAGAUGAGUUUCUGGUCAAGAAUGAUCCCUGCAGAGUGAAAGGCAGGACCAACCUGAAGAUCAAGGAGAAAUACUUGUCUCCUGGGGGAAGCACUUCUAAGGGUUUGACUGUGAGCAGGUCCAACUCAAGCCUCAGCCUCUACAGCAGCGCCUCGGCCCCCACCAGCCCCAUGACACGCAAGGCGUUACUACGCAGAAGUUUCUCAGGUGACCGCUGCGUCCGUCCCAGGAGUUCCAUCGCUGCUCUGGGCUCUGAUCCACAUUUUACUACAGCAGGGGAGGACAAUACACCCUCACCAACAGACGAAGCUGAGAAGUUACCCACAUGAUUACCUCCACCUCCUGUGUAUGCUGCACUGCUGAACAUAAACACAGCCUUGGGGCCACAAACCGGAGUGAUAAAGAGAUCCAAGGACCAAAAAAUAGAUGCAUCAGCCCCAACUGAAUGCAGACACUGAAACAGAGAAGCUUUGAGAUCUGUUUGAGGAUCAUGUGUGCUCUUUGUGGACAAAAAUGAGGUUAGUCCAGAUGCAAGACAAAUAUUUUUGUUGUUCUUUGAUGCAUUGCAUACAGAAGUAUCUGAUUAUUUAGAGAGUAUAAAUGGCAAAGUUCUGCAUGGACGAUUAUUGCAUGAUAGUCAGGGCCUUGCUUUAAUCAGAUUCAUUUAUUUACUCCCAGAUUGUUUGUUUUUUGGUAAUAAUUCUCCUCUGCAUUAAAGUGACAUACAGGGACACAUUUUUAUGUAAAGGUUUUGUACCACCCCUACCUUCUUCCAAAAAAUAACACAUAUACCAAAACCAUAAAUAAAUGAAGGGUAAAUUAUUCUGUCCUUCAGUUUUGUGAUAUUGUUUUUAUUUCAUUCCAUUGCGUUGACAUUGUUGGCAGGGCCACGUUGUUGUUUUUUUGUUUUUUUUCGACACCGCAUUUUCAAUAAUUAUGUGUUUUUAGCAUUUUUUAUUGUACGGAUGUUUUCAACACUGGUGAUGAUGAACAACGCACUGGAGUCUGACAGGUCAUCGUUGUUUUGUAGAGAUUAUUUUCUCAGGAUUGUUUUUGCCUUUGGAUGUAUGUUUUUGUAUGGAACAUUACUGUGGACAUGUAGAAGUGUUUUCUGUAUAACAGUCCUGGGAAUGUUUUAUUUAGCACAUUAUUUUCAUAAAAAUGCACUUUUUUUCUGUGUCCUUGCUAAGUGGGAAAUCUGGCAGCUGUCAUGGUUAAGAUAAUUAUUUAGAAUUAGAAUGCACUGGAGGUGAUAAGUAGGACUCCUUUUGUUUUUUCAUUCCACUCAUUUAUUUUUUUAAACCAAAAUCAGUGUAUUUUAUUUCUCUUUAUUUCUGUCUUGUUUUUGUCAGAUUUUCUCUGAUUUGAUUCGUCAGAAAUUGUAACAUAUUUUUUGAUAGACACUGCAUCUGUUUCCUUAAGGUCUUACUCCUGAAGUAACCAAUAUUAUGCAUUUUUUUAUCAAAAGGUACUAUAAAAACAUUUUCCCUGAUUGAGAAAAAACUUCCUGGCUUUGACUCCAGUUCUAUUUUAGAUCAGUUAAUACUUCUGCUGUGUAAACUCACUGUAUUUCUAUGUGUACGUUUGUGAUAAAUCUACCUAAGGUCGAAGACAUUCUUAUGUACCUGAUUGCAUUUGGUCUAUGCAGCUUGUCAAAAUGAUUUUUUAAGUAAAAAUAAAUGUUUUUACAUGAUGAAGUACCUUUUCCUCUUGACCUUGAUGUAUCCAUGAUGGGGAAAGUGGAAAUUUGACUGUAUGUAAAAACUACAAUAGCCAGAUUUCACGUGUCGCUAUGCACCCCGAUCUUUCUGUACUGUAAAUGUUUGUAUACCCAGCACUACUGCUAAUGUCCAAUUUAGGGAAACUGUAGAUGAAUGUCACUAACACUUUUUUCUUCCAAUUGUAUAAAAAUCUUUUUUGUAAUAAGACAAAAAAAUUCCA